UAUACUUUAACAAAACAAAGCAACCCAGUCAAAUACUCUAAUUGCCUUGACUUCUAAUCCAUCUUUUAAUUUAUGUCACUUAAUUUCGUCCUCAGGUACAUGGUGUUGGUAGCCCCAUCACUUGGACAACAAUUUCACCAAGACUGUUCUUCCUCAGCUUUGUAUGAUUACUUGGCUGUUGUGUGGACUUUAGCUCUUGCUGUUCCGGUGCUUGAAGAAAGCUAUGGAAUCGAGGCGCUUGGAAAGGCGGCUAAGAUUGUUAAGGGCAUGGACUGCAGGAUUCUUGUUAAUCUUGUGAUGACAAUUCUCUCUUUUAUUAUUCUACUGGGGUUUAAGUUUCUCAAAUUCAAAGAUUUUGCAGCAGUUGAAGUGAUAAUUGGAUUGCUUAUAUUGAAUUCUCUCUGCUAGUUAAGA